AUGCUCUUCCACAACCGCAAGACCCAGCUCCUGCUGGUCAACUCCCUGACGUUCGGCCUGGAGGUCUGCCUGGCUGCAGGGAUAACCUACGUGCCUCCGCUGCUGCUGGAAGUGGGUGUGGAGGAGAAGUUCAUGACCAUGGUUUUGGGGAUAGGACCUGUCCUUGGCUUGGUUUUUGUCCCGCUGAUCGGAUCCGCCAGCGACCACUGGCAUAGCAGCUAUGGCCGAAGGCGACCUUUCAUCUGGAUGCUUUGCCUGGGAGUCCUGCUGAGCCUCUUCGUGAUCCCACAUGCCAGCAGCCUGGCCAGCCUGUUUGCCCUCAACACUCGCCCGCUAGAGAUUGCCUUCCUCAUCCUGGGCAUUGGGUUACUGGAUUUCUGCGGCCAGGUCUGCUUCACUCCGCUGGAGGCCCUGCUCUCAGACCUCUUCCAGGAGCCAGACAACUGCCGCCAGGCCUUCUCCAUGUAUGCCUUCAUGAUCAGCUUGGGGGGCUGCAUCGUCUCCCUGCUUCCAGCCAUUGACUGGGGUGGCAGCUUUCUGGCCCCGUACUUGGGAGGGCAGGAGACCUGCCUCUUCAGCCUCCUUACCAUCAUUUUCCUCGGCUGUGUGCUGGCUACGCUCUUUGUGACAGAAGAGGCAGCCACCCAGGCAGAUGUUCUGGAUGGCCCAGCGCUGAAGGACGCUCCCCCUAAGCCCUCACCUCCUGCGUGCUGCUCUUGCCAGCUCUCCAGGAGCUCAUGUCUCCUGCAGGCCAGGCAUAUAAUGCAGGCCCUGAGAAACCUCUGCACGCUGGUGCCACGGCUUCACAGCCUCUACUGCCGCAUCCCCAAGGUCAUCCGGCGCCUGGCUGUGGCUGAACUCUGCAGCUGGAUGGCACUCAUGACUUUCAUGCUGUUCUACACAGACUUUGUUGGGGAAGGGCUGUACCACGGCGUCCCCAGAGCCAAGCCAGGCACAGAUGCCAGACGCCACUACGAUGAAGGUGUCCGGAUGGGUAGUUUGGGCCUCUUCCUCCAAUGCGUCACAUCCAUCUUCUUUUCGACAAUCAUGGACCGGAUGGUGAAGCAGUUUGGGACGCGGGCGGUCUACCUGGCCAGCGUGGUGUUCUUCCCCGUGGCUGCCUUCGUCAUGUGCCUUUCCCACAGUGUCAUCAUCGUUACCAUCUCAGCUGCUCUGACGGGCUUCACCUUCUCUGCACUCCAGAUCCUGCCAUACACACUGGCAUCACUGUACCAUCACGAUAAACAGGUAUUUUUGCAUAAAUAUAAGAGCAAAGAGGAGGAAGACGCAGCUCGAUUGGACAAGAAAUCAGCCUUCUCUAAAGGCCACCUUUCCAGCCAGAAGUUGCCUUACCAGAAUGGACAUGCUGGGAGCCUCUUCUCUUCUUCUUCCCCUUCCUCCUUGUCUCCUCCAGCCGCUGGCUCGGCUCUGUGCGUCAGCUCCUCCUGCGACGUCUCGCUCAUGAUGAUGGGGGGAGAACCGGACCCGGUGGCUCCCGGCCGAGGGAUCUGCCUGGACCUGGCUAUUUUGGACAGUGCUUUCCUCCUCUCUCAGGUUGUCCCCUCCCUCUUCAUGGGGUCCAUCGUCCAGUUUACGCAGUCAGUGACUGCCUACAUGGUGUCAGCUGCUGGCUUUGGCCUGGUAGCCAUUUACUUUGCAACCAAAGUUGUCUUUGAUAAGAGUGACAUGGCGAAAUGUUCAGUGUGA